UUCAUUCCUCAUGCGUACUAGACCUUGGAAGGCAGCGAGCGGCAGGCACAUCCGCGGCGUUAUCGUAGGCUAAGUCUCGAUUAGGCAGGAGCUUGAGGCUAUUCAAGCUUCGUUGAGACCCACGACGGGAAGCUUGUCCUUGCUUGGAACCGCAACGAUAUUGGCAACGUGCAUCACGAAGAUACAAGUCUAACUGCAGAAGGCAGUUGAUAGGUGACAUGCAUGUACGUGCCGCCAUGGGCUUGAGUAUUUAAGCGUAGAGGGUGCCAUGUCUUGCAAGCCAGUGCUUCGCUCAAGUCAAGCUCGUACCAGUCGGAAAGAUGGCACCAGUUCUCAGCUUCCUUAUCGGCUCUCUGCUGGCGGCAAGGGGCCUUGCAGAGCCCUUCGAGAAACUGUUCGCUGUUCCUGAGGGAUGGAAAUCCGCAGGACCAGCAGCUGACUCGCAAUUGCUCAAGUUGCAGAUUGCUCUCCAGCAGGGAGACUCUGAAGCGUUCGAGCAGCACGUUCUAGAUGUUUCCACUCCUAGCAACAGGAAGUACGGACAACACUUCCAGUCGCACGAGGACAUGAAAAGGAUGCUGCUGCCGACUGAGGAGACUUCAUCCACCGUUGCCGCCUGGAUCCAGGCUGCUGGUAUCGAUGAAUUCGAGCAAGACGCCGACUGGGUGAGCUUCAAGACUACCGUUGGUGUUGCCAACAAGAUGUUGGAUACGCAGUUUUCCUGGUUUACCAGCGAGGAGGCGAAGCCGCGCAAGGUCCUUCGCGCCCUUGAGUACUCUGUACCUGAGGAUGUUGCUUUACACAUCAACCUCGUUCAACCGACUACUCGCUUCGCCGCCAUUCGUGCGAACCACGAGACCGAGAAGGAGAUCUUCGGCCUCCAACGCAUUGAUCUCGCCGCCAACGCGAAUGUUACUGUCAACUGCGAUGCCGGCAUAACUCCUCAGUGUCUGAAGCAGCUCUACAAGAUUGACUACAAGGCCGAUCCUAAGAGCGGCAGCAAAGCUGCUUUCGCCUCGUACCUUGAGGAAUACGCUCGGUACAGUGACAUGGCUCUGUUCGAGCAGAACAUUCUGCCCGAAGCCAUUGGGCAAAACUUCACUGUUAUCACAUAUAAUGGUGGUCUGGACGGCCAGAACUCCACCUCCGACAGUGGCGAGGCCAACCUGGAUGCGCAGUACAUGCUCGGUUUGGCCCAGCCCCUUCCCGUCACCGAGUUCAGCACCGGUGGUCGCGGUCCUUGGAUCGCUGAUCUCGAUCAGCCUGAUGAGGCUGACAGUGCCAACGAGCCCUACCUGGACUUUCUUCAAAACGUUCUGAAGAUGUCACAAAAGAACCUUCCUCAGGUCAUUUCCACCUCUUACGGCGAGAACGAGCAAAGUGUCCCCAAGUCGUACGCUCUGUCUGUCUGCAACCUCUUCGCCCAGCUCAGCUCCCGUGGCGUCAGUGUCAUCUUCUCUUCAGGUGACUCAGGUACUGGUUCAGCGUGCCAGAGCAACGACGGCAAGAACACCACCAAGUUUCAGCCUCAGUACCCUGCUGCAUGCCCCUGGGUGACAUCCGUCGGUUCUACGCGCUACCUCAAUGAGACCGCUACCUUCUUCUCGUCUGGCGGUUUCUCUGACUACUGGAAGCGCCCUUCGUACCAGGAUGAUGCUAUCAAGGCCUAUUUCCAUACUCUCGGUGAGAAGAACAAGCCUUACUUCAACCGCCACGGCCGUGGUUUCCCCGAUGUCUCUGCUCAGGGCUUUGGGUACCGUGUUUACGAUAAGGGCGUGCUGAAGGGCUACCAGGGCACCUCUUGCUCUGCUCCUGCGUUCGGUGGCAUUGUUGCUCUCCUCAAUGACGCACGUCUGAGGGCCAAGAAGCCUUCUCUUGGGUUCUUGAACCCCCUCCUAUAUUCUAACCCCGAUGCUCUGAACGACAUCGUCCUUGGUGGAAGUACAGGUUGUGAUGGCCACGCCAGGUUUCACGGUGCGCCAAAUGGAAGCCCGGUCAUCCCAUAUGCCAGUUGGAAUGCUACGGCAGGGUGGGAUCCCGUCUCUGGACUGGGUACACCGAACUUCCCCAAGCUGCUCAAGGCUGCUGUCCCUAGUCGUUACAGGGCUUAGACUUAGGCCUGGUUGUUCGAAGGAGGGACAUGUAUAUAAUGGCGAUGAUAACGAAUAAAUAUAACUAUGAAACUUCUC